UGUAAGAGGCGAUACUAGCAAAAUGAAACUCAAGCGGUUCCUUCUCAGAUAUUAUCCUCCAGGUAUAAUCUUGGAAUAUGAGAAAGGAGGAUGUUUGAGGACCAAAUCCAUCGACCUUUUGGAUUUGACUCCAGAAACGAGCCCAGAUGAGCUGCUGGCAGAGAUCCAGCAGUCGGAGCCUCUGGUCACAGAGUCCCGGGCGGAUCAGGUCAAACAGCUGAUCGUCAGACUGCAGCAGAAACAGGGUCAGCAGGACCACCACCGCUUCUGCUUCUUCAAGGAGCUGAAGGCACACAUCCUGCCUCUGACAAACGUUGCCUUCGACAAAUCAGGGUCAAGGUUCAUCACUGGGAGCUAUGACAGGACGUGCAGAGUUUGGGACACGGCCUCGGGCUCAGAGCUGCACACGUUAGAGGGGCACAGAAACGUGGUGUAUGCCAUCGGAUUCAACAACCCCUACGGAGACAAGAUUGCCACCGGCUCUUUUGAUAAGACGGCCAAGCUGUGGUGUGCUGAGACGGGGAAAUGUUUUCAUACCUUUCGCGGACACACUGCAGAAAUAGUGUGCCUGGCCUUUAACCCCCAGAGCACGCUGGUGGCCACGGGCAGCAUGGACGCCUCUGCCAAGCUGUGGGACGUGGAGACGGGGGACGAGGUGGCCACGCUGACCGGUCACACUGCAGAGGUCCUCUCUCUGUGCUUCAACACAGUGGGAAAUCAGCUGGUCACCGGAUCCUUUGACCACACCGUUUCAAUAUGGGAUGUUGCCUCAGGAAGACGUGUCCACACUCUGAUUGGUCACAGCGGGGAGAUCAGCAAUGUUCACUUUAACUGGGACUGCUCCCUCAUAGUCACAGGCUCCAUGGACAAAACCUGCAAGUUGUGGGAGGCAGUCAGUGGGGAGUGUGUGGCCACGCUCACUGGACACAAAGAGGAGGUGCUGGAUGUGUGUUUUGAUUUAAGCGGUCAGCUCGUUGCUUCUGCCUCUGCUGAUGGUACUGCCCGAGUGUUCAGUGUAAACACACAUCAGUGCCUCGUGACCCUGGAAGGCCACGAUGGAGAGAUCUCAAAGGUGAGUCCCAUAAUGACUUUUAGUUGCGCGUGCUACUAA